AUGUCGGGUGCUGCUUCCACCAACCCAGCUCUGAGCUUCGGACCUGCUGGUCCGUCGUCUCUUACUUCGUCCAACUUCCAAUCCCCUGACCCUUCCUCCAGCGCAGCUGCUUACACCACCGUCGGCGGCUUCCCUGCCAGCUACGGGCGUGCCAAGGCCGAAGGAACCAGCUACAACUACGAUGACCAAGCCCCUCGAUCCCAACAGCAUGGCAACUACACCCACGACGAUCUCGGCAGCGCUGGUACUUUGGCCCAGACACAAGCCCUUGGCGCAUUCAACCCUUCCACCUCGCAACAAUACGCGGGCCACACCAGGCAUCAUUCACUCACCUCUGGCGUGAGCCAGCUGGGCCUCGGAGGUGGAAGCGGUGCAUACUCGUUCGGCGAUGCCAACGCGAAUCAGUACAACAAUUACAACUUGGUGCCUGCCCAAAGGUCUCCCUCGGGUCGAUUGUCUGGCCUCACUGCCGAGACCUCUCCUACUCGCAAUCGCUUCCCUUCUGCAAGUUACAAUGACCCUCGUACCCUUCAACGCCCACCUUCGCGUCCCGUCGGCCUUGGCGUCACCGUCAACAGCAGCGAUGAGUCGAUCCCCAAGGUCGAAGGUGGCUCUCCCAGAUCACUCAAGCGCUCCGCUGAUCCUUUGAAAGAUCUGCGCAGCACCUCUGACCAUGGCCAGCUUCGACGUCCCGCUUCUUUCCCUGUCCUUGGUGCUGGUCAAGGCGUGAGCAACGUGUAUGGCAGCCCUAUCGGCCAGGACGCUCGAAGUGCACAGUCGAUUGGGCGCAGAACUGGUCGUGGCGGCAUGAGCAUCCCAGGUCAGCUUACACCCGGUCGCUCCAACGCGAUGCUUCCAGGUCUUGGCGCUGGAGGCUUCUACGUUGGCGAUGGGCGCCGCGAGUCGUCUGGCUCCAACGCAACUCUGCAGUCACCAGCAACUUAUCAUGGUGGACCCUGCUCUUCCGAUGAGCUGGGAUUGAGCCUUGGUGGUCUACCCCAGCUCAUGCGCGCGACACAGAUUCAAGGAUCCAUUCCUCCGGCGCCGGCCAUGGCACCUCACGAUCCUAUGUACAGCCCUCCUGGAGGCAGUGGUGGAGGCGCUCCUCGUGCCAAGCUCGAGCUGCACGGCAACCUCAACGAUAUGGCAGUUGGUUGGUCGCACGACGAGUGGAGGAGCGGACGUCGACUGGUGCAGUUCUGGAGACGACAGGAGGGCACCACCAUCCAUGCCACCUUCCGACCUGUCCUGCCAUCGCAGUACGUCCCCAACAGCAUCGUCAUCUCUUGCAUCUUCCGCGAGGACAAGAAUGAGUGCUUCAUUACUUCUGUCGACACCAUCUAUCUUCUUGAGGCGCUGGUUGCGAGUCGCUUCACCGUCGAGGAGAAGAACCGCAUCCGUCGAAACCUCGAAGGAUUUCGGCCCAUCACGGUCAGCAAGAACAAGCGCGAGUGCGAGCUCUUCUUCAAGUUGAUCAUGAGCUUUCCCAACCCGAAGCCUCGCAACAUCGAGAAGGAUGUCAAAGUCUUCCCCUGGAAGGUGCUUGCCUCAGCGCUCUGCAAGAUCAUUGGCAAGUACAGCGCUUCCUACGAAGGUGGACCGCCCGUACUUGCCGAUUUUGGUCCCGAUACAUCAUUUGGCAGUAUGGGCGCAUCGUCCUUGCCUUCUGUUGAUCUUUCCACUGGUCACUACCGCGAUCCCACCUACCCAGGUGCCUCGCCUUCGAUCAAGGACGACAGGUUGCUUGACUCGUCCUUCGAUGAUCGCUCAGGCGGUGCAGGUGGUAUGUAUGGUGUUACCAGUGCUGGCGUUCAUCACCAACCAGCUUAUGGUGCGAACACGUGGAACAUGGGUAGUCAAAGCAUGGCCUUCGGCACAUCAGGCGGCUAUGCUACUGGCGAUGUUUCCUUUCCGGCCGGCGGAAGUUCGCACAGUCACACGCAGAGUGCGAGCAGCUAUGAUGGGUUCGGUGCAGGUGGUCUGACGCAGGGUCAGUCUACAUCGGACAGUAGCGCUGGGAUGUAUAGUCAGAGUGCGCCCCGGCAUGACAGCUAUGGAGCUGCAACGCAACCACCCCACAGUCAGGGUCAGAGUACGAGCACGCUAGCCGCUGCGGCUGGCGACUACUACUCGGAUCGCAGAUGA